GAUGGUGUGAGGGCCGAGAGAAAACACCAAAGCUGGGUACAAGCAGCCAGAGGUGAGGGAUAGCUGAGACCCGUCCUAGCCUCCAUAGGGCCUGCUGGGAGGCUGCACCCUAAAGGCCUGGUCUGAGCCAAAGUGACUUCACUUUCAAAUCCAUAUUUUGCCACUGUGACCUCAAACAAGUCACCUUUUCUCAGCCUCGGUUUCCUCACCUAUGAAGCAGGGAUAAAAAUAAUCCCUACUUAACCGUUUCCACCCAGCUACCAGUGGGGGCGCUCUGCGCCCGGCUACACCAAGUCCUGGACUCCGCCCCUUUUGUCCAAGCCCCGCCCCAACUCGACUAGCCCAGCCACGUCCCUACCUGGCCCCGCCCUCGAUGGCUCCGCCCUACCAAAGAGCCCCGCCCCACCCGGCCACUCCUAUUGGUCACACCCCUACUGGCCACGCCCCGGUUGCCCGGGUCUCUCUCCCCACAAGCUCCUGCGAGCGGAGUCCAGAAGGGACGCGCCACACCAGCUGUCCACGGACUCCCGGUUCCCUCCCGCGUCCAUGGCAGCGCCGGGACCCCGUGUCUUUCGGGCUGCGCUUUGCGGCGGCUACUGCUGCCUCCUCCUGUGUGCUCAACUCGCUGUGGCUGGUAAAGGAGCUCAAGGCUUUGGGCGGGGAGCCUUGAUCCGCCUGAAUACCUGGCCUGCUGUCCAAGGGGGCUGCAAACAACUGGAGCUCUGUGAGCGUUGUGUGGAGGGGGACAGAGCACACAAUUUCUCAGGCUGCGUGUGGCAGCAAUGUCGACUACAGGAACCAGCUGCCCACCACCAUCCCACCUAUGAACCGAAGACAAUCACAACAGGGAGCCCUGUGAUCCCUGAAGCCCACAGCUCUGGCUUUGAUGGUGCCAGCUUCAUCGGGGGUGUUGUGCUGGUGCUGAGCUUGCAGGCCGUGGCCUUCUUCGUGUUGCGCUUCCUCAAGGCCAAGGAUAGCACUUACCAGACACUGGGCUCCCUGCUAAAUGUUAGCUGGGACCAGGAUUCAGCCUGGGCCCCAAGCUUGGCAGUUCAGCUGAGCCCCACUGUGUCUUUGUCCCCACAUGCUGCCAGCAGGGAGGAGAACCAGUAGGUGAUGGCUCAGGCAAGUCUUCAGCCAGUCUGGGGCCGUGGGCAGGAGCCAGACUGUGUGAAAGUGUGGUGUCCUCUGAGAAGGGAGCCGUGCGUGGCUCCGUGUGCCGUGUGCUGUGGGGUGGGUCGCUGCAGCCUGCGUUAAAGUGUUUGCUCUUCCAGCUUCACCUGCUCUCUGGGGGGUGAGAGUCUUUGCCCAACUGAGGUAGGGUCACCUCCCCUAAGUGUCUCUCUGUGUGGCCUCCUCAGAAUCUGACCCCCUUGGGCCUGGUCUUCACACUGAGGGGAAGGAGGACUCAGAGGCUGCCCUCUUGGCCACUCUGUGGGCACUGGGGGUGGGAAAAUCUUUGGCCAUCUGUUUCUGGCCCCUGUGGACACUGAGCAGGCUCAGCACCCAAUCCCUGACCUCCCCUCCUGUCCCGGGCCUGCCACCUACAGCUGAGAACAUCCCUCAACCACCUCGUGUCUCAUCUGUGGACCCUGCUGGGUCCCUCAGCCUGGUACCAGGGUCUGUGCCGCCUCUUCCUACCAACUUAGCCUGGGCUCUCCCCCCAAAUAAACGAACUGUUUCCGGUG